AUGGAGGCGCAGUCCUAUUGCACCAAGCUCUUGGGGGAGCUGAACGAGCAGCGGAAAAGGGACUUUUUCUGUGAUUGCAGCAUCAUCGUGGAAGGGCGCAUCUUCAAGGCCCACAGGAACAUUUUGUUUGCCAACAGCGGCUACUUCCGGGCCCUGCUCAUUCACUAUAUUCAGGACAGCGGGCGGCACAGCACCGCCUCCUUGGACAUCGUCACCUCGGAAGCCUUCUCCACUAUCUUAGAUUUCCUCUACUCUGGGAAGUUGGACUUGUGUGGCGAGAAUGUGAUCGAAGUUAUGUCUGCUGCCAGCUACCUGCAGAUGAAUGACGUGGUCAACUUCUGCAAGGCAUACAUCAGGUCAUCCCUCGACAUCUGCCGGAAGAUGGAGAAGGAAGCUGCUGUGGCUGCGGCGGUGGCUGCGGCGGCGGCGGCGGCGGCGGCUGCAGCACACCAGAUGGACAGUGCAAGUCCGAGUUCGGGGCUCGAGGGGACUUCCUGCAGUACCAAGAGCUUUGUCUCCUCCCCAGGGGAGGGGGAAGGGAGCGUGGAGUGUGCCAGAGUGUCCCCUUGUGAUGACUGCCGUCCCUUGGAAUUGGUGGUGAAAGACAGCCAGGGCUCUGGCGCCUCUGACAGCGACCUUUCUCUGGUGCCCAGGCGGGUUGAACCCAAGGUGGAAUUUGAUGUUGCCAGGGCGGAGGUGGAGGCCGGCGAACAGCUGCAGCAGUAUGCCACCCCACUGGCCCAUGCCGAGGACGGCCUGCCCAGUAGCCAGGCCUUGGACUUGACUUACAGCAACUACCACGUGAAGCAGUUUCUGGAGGCUCUCCUGCGCAGCGGUGCUGUCCAGAGCAAAGAUGACUCGGAUCAUCACUUUUCACAGAGUUUGGAGGGAAGACUGGAAGGUGCCGGAGUGGCCAUGAGUUCGGUGAUGGAUGCUCAGAAUGACUGGUAUAGAGAGGACUCAGGUGACGUGCUGGUGGUCCCCGUCAAGCUCCACAAGUGUCCUUUCUGCCCUUACACUGCCAAGCAGAAGGGUAUCCUCAAGCGGCACAUCCGAUCGCACACUGGUGAGCGGCCAUACCCCUGUGAGACCUGUGGCAAGAGGUUCACACGACAGGAGCACCUUCGGAGCCAUGCCCUGAGUGUCCACAGAUCCAACCGUCCAAUUAUCUGCAAAGGCUGUCGAAGAACUUUUACCAGCCACCUGUCCCAGGGGCUGCGGCGCUUCGGGCUGUGUGACAGCUGCACCUGUGUCACAGAUCCUCAGGAUGAGGAUGAUUUGAUCCCCGUCAACCUUAGCCUGGUGGAGGCUUCAUCCGAAAGUCACGAGAAGAGUGACACGGACGACUGGCCCAUCUAUGUGGAGUCUGGUGACGAGAAUGACCCAGCUGUGGAGGAUUCCGAUGAUAAGCCACACAUUCGGCCCAACUUACCAGACCACGAGACGCUUACAUAG